AUCCAUGCAUGCCAAUAGUCACCUCUCUUCUCAUUACUUCUCAUUACUCCACUUGCCAAUAGUCACCUCUCUUCUCCAGUCCUCUUCUUCAAUCUCCAACCUCAGCCUCUCUGCCAUGUCAUGGACUAUAUGGUCCAUGGAAUAGUACCAGUACCUACAUCACUACAUUGCCAGUAGCUCAGUACUAGCAGUACUACCAUCUCAUCAGGCAACCAUCUGCUGUUGCUGAUCUCUUCCUCCUCGCAUUUCUUGGGCUCUUUCAACUCUUCCCCUGGAGUGUUUCAUCACACCAACCACCAGCUAGCUUGCCCAGCCACACCAUCUCUCUCUCUCUCUCUCUCUCUCUCACCAGAAUCCAAAAUUUUCAUCACACCAAACCAUCCACCGCUCAUCACUUUUCCCCCAAGCAAAUCCAAUCUUUGCAACCGCAUUGCUGUCCCCAACAUCAGCUUCCCCUUUUCCAGUUUUGCAUCCAGUCGAUCGCCUCCCAACGAAUCCAACCACUGUAUCCGCUGUCUGCAAAGCUGGGGCCUUUUUCUGUCGCUGUUUCAGUGUUUCCCCUGCAAAAAUCCUAUCUUUACUGCUUCAUUGUGCUCGAAAUUCGCCGGUUGGUUUCUGGCCCCGGGAAUCCAAGCUUGAUGCUGUUUACGCGGCGGCGGAGAUCACCGUUUGCCGCUUAGUUCUUUGGUGGAGGAAGGUUCAGGGGUUGUGUGGUUGGUUGCUGCCAUGUCGGACUCGGAGCUGUCCCAGAGCACGGUGGUGUUCGGGCUCCGCAUGUGGGUGCUCGUCGGCAUCGCCGUCGGCGCCGCCUUCGUGCUGUUCCUUGUGCUCCUGUCUGUGCUCUGCCUCGUGGCGUCUCGUCGGCGGCGGCGGCAGAGGUCGACCACGCCGGCCCAGCACCACCUCCCCGUCUCCGCCCCGCCCAAGAACCCCCAGAAGGUCAAGGCGCCCAAGGACAUCCAGGAAGUCCCCUCCCAGGCCACGGCCGCCGCCGCGGCGGCGAAGACGCCGCUCGCCCAGGCGCUCCAGAUGCCCACUCCGCCGCCGCCGGCACCGCCUCCGGAGACCGUCCAGAUCGCCACCGGCAAGGAGCACCGCAUUACGUACCCGGAGCAUCAUCCGCACCGCAGCAGCGGCGGGCCGUCGUCGCACGGCAGCGGCGAGAGCCGCAGCGGCGGCGCGGCGGACCACGCGCCGCCGCCGGUGGUCCCGGAGGUGUCCCACCUGGGGUGGGGCCACUGGUACACGCUCAAGGAGCUGGAGACGGCGACCGAGAUGUUCGCCGACGAGAACGUGAUCGGCGAGGGCGGCUACGGCAUCGUGUACCACGGCGUGCUCGAGAACGGCACUCAGGUCGCCGUCAAGAACUUGCUCAACAACAGGGGGCAAGCAGAGAAGGAAUUCAAGGUCGAGGUCGAAGCGAUUGGGCGUGUGCGACACAAGAACUUAGUGCGGCUUCUAGGGUAUUGUGCAGAGGGCAAUCAGAGGAUGCUUGUGUAUGAAUAUGUUGAUAAUGGGAACUUAGAACAAUGGCUCCAUGGGGAAAUUGGACCUGUAAGCCCUCUUUCAUGGGAUUCCAGGAUGAAGAUCAUACUGGGAACAGCGAAAGGGUUAAUGUAUUUGCAUGAGGGACUUGAGCCCAAGGUGGUUCACCGCGAUGUCAAGUCAAGCAACAUCCUUCUUGAUAAGCACUGGAAUGCUAAGCUCUCUGAUUUUGGACUAGCAAAACUUCUAGGCUCAGAGAGGAGUUAUGUUACAACACGAGUUAUGGGAACUUUUGGGUAUGUUGCUCCAGAGUAUGCAGGGACUGGAAUGCUAAACGAAACAAGCGAUGUAUAUAGUUUUGGAAUUCUUAUCAUGGAAAUAAUAUCUGGUCGAGUGCCGGUGGAUUAUAACAGGCCACCAGGAGAGGUUAAUUUGGUUGAUUGGCUGAAGACGAUGGUGAGCACCCGAAAUUCUGAGGGGGUUGUGGAUCCGAAGAUCCCUCAGAAGCCUACAUCUAGAGCUAUGAAGAAGGCUUUGCUAGUAGCAUUGCGGUGUGUGGACCCAGAUGCUCGUAAGAGGCCAAAGAUCGGCCACGUCAUUCACAUGCUUGAAGUUGAUGAUUUCCCGUAUAGAGAUGAACGCCGAGGUGCUCGACCUCCAGGGCAAGGGCAAGCAAGAUUGGCUGACAAACCGGCCAUUGAGACAGGCGACCGUGAGUCCGACAGCAGUGGCAACAACAGCGCGAGACAAACUGAACCCUUCAGAUGGAGAAACCCUGGGUCCUAGACACUACUUCAGAAAUUUUCACUCUCAUUUCUGAACAAAGAACAGCAUCCACCAUGAAGUUGCAAAGUGCUCAUUUGUUGCCUUCAUCACAUCACCUGUACAUGCCGAAGGAACAUAUUAGCCCUAGUAAUUUUUUUUUGUCGAUUAUUUAUCCGAUUAGAGACACUUCUGUACGAAAAAAAAAUGCAUGUCCUAAGUUAAAAAGAAAAAUGGAGCGUAAUUAAUUCCCUCUGGUAAGAAGCGGCCAGAUUGCUGCUUGUGUUGUGUCCCUUGCUGAACAUAUCAACAUACUGUGGUGUAGUUUUGGAUAUCUGAUGCCAACUCAGCAAGUUAUAUGUAAAUGUGAUUAUUUAGAUGCCCCAGAAUAAGCAAAAUGAUCAAACCUGAGCAUUUCUCAA